AAAAUACUUCACACUAACAAACCUUUGUACUUUUAUUUUUACAAAUUGAAAUAAAACUAAACCGUUAUCUAUUAUAAUCGUCCUUGGUUUUAGCAUUUGAUCAAACGCUUUCUCUUCGUCUUUCCCCUUCAAUAAUAUAUAAGUGGUAAAUCAAAGUAAAGAAAAUGCCUUCCUUAGCUUUUAAUACUUACGAUUUCUCAUGUGUGUGAAAAUGAGAUAAUAACCCUUAAAAAAACCUUAAAAAAUGGCCUAAAAAGAUCGAGAAGAUUUUAAAGCCAUACUUAUCCAAAUGAUUGAGAUGAUGGAAUAUUUGUUCCAAACUUUUUUUUUAAGCAUUCAAAAUAUGAAAAUACUGAGCUAAAUUAAAAGAUCGUGUUGAAUUCCAGAAAAUACUUACAUUAAAAGACUUGAAAAAGGCUGUCUAUGACCGUGAUCUCAUUAAUUGUGGCUCAAAAGAAUAGAAGACAACCGUUAGAUUGGUGGUGAUUGAUGAAAAGAGCAAGAUCCAACUAAAAGGAGCAAGAUCAUGGAAAUCAUCAUUGGGACCGUCCAGUCUAACCCCGUGAUAUCGUGCACUGCAGCUAUACAAAAACAUGAAUUUAAAUUAAAGAAAAAAAGAAAAGUGGAAAAGACAAAACAAAGAACCGACGGUGAAGCGAGAGGUGUUUUGCCUGUUUGGUCUUUAGACUGGACCUGUCUUAAGCAUCAACAAAAGCAGUGCCAGAUUGCGUGUGUCUCGUCCCUCUCUGCACGCUGCCCAAUAAAAUUUUUUUUAACUCAAAGACGAUAUUACCCCAUCACCUAUGCUAUUGCCUUGACAUUUUCACUUUCUCCAUCCAAAAAAAAAAAAGUUGAAAAAGGAUCGCUAAAAUUCACCAAAUCAAGUAGUAGUAGUGAAAGAGAAUAGAAACGAAAAAUGUCCAGAUCAUCGUCGGCGUCUACGACGACGCCAUUUCAAGCUAUCAAACCGGAGGAUUACAAACACAGCCCUGUUCACUACGCUGUCGUUUUGGGUGAUCAUACGACUUUGACUCGACUGGUUUCCACUGUACCAAAGCUAGCUGAUCCUGCUCAGAUUCACUCCGAGUGCGACUCACUGACUCAAGAGCGCCUAGCCGACCAAAUCUCCGCUGUUCUCGACCACCGUGACGUCCCAUUUCGUGAAACUCCUCUCCACCUCGCGGUCCGCCUAAACGACGCCGUAGCCGCCAGAACACUCGCUGCUGCUGGUGCUGACGUGUCGCUCCAGAACGCUGCAGGCUGGAAUCCUCUCCAGGAAGCACUGUGUCGCCGAAGCUCCGACAUUGCGUUGGUUCUCCUAAAAUUACACCACCGCUCCGCCUGGUGCAAGUGGCGCCGCCGUUUACCUCGCGUAAUUGCCGUCCUCCGCCGAAUGCGGGACUUUUACAUGGAAAUCUCCUUCCACUUCGAAAGCUCUGUAAUCCCAUUCGUCGGAAAAAUCGCACCUUCCGAUACCUACAAGAUCUGGAAACGCGACGGUAACCUUCGAGCUGAUACUUCAUUAGCAGGCUUCGACGGCUUAAAAAUCCAACGCGCUGAUCAAAGCUUUCUCUUUCUCGGAGACGGCGAUCACCUCCACAACAUUCCUUGUGGCUCAUUGCUAGUCCUCAACCGCGACGAACGCAAAAUCUUCGACGCAUUCGAAAAUGCUGGAGCUCCGAUGAGUGAAUCCGACAUUGCAGGUUUUUGUUCCCAAACGAGUGUGUACAGACCGGGAAUGGACGUAACCAGAGCGGAACUUGUAGGAAGAACUAACUGGAGACGCCAAGAGAAAACAGAGAGCGUCGGUGAAUGGAAAGCUAAAGUUUAUGAAGUACAUAACGUGAUUUUCAGCUUUAGGUCACGAAAAGUUGCCAGUUCUGAAAAUGACGUCGCGGGAAGUGAACAAGUGCUACCUUUAGAGCUUGACGAAGACGAUGACGGUUUUUUGGUUUGUGAAAAUCCGAAUUUUGCCAUGCCUGAUAGGAGAAGGCACAGUAGCUUUGUGAGAGAAGAGAGAGAGUGGAUUUCCGUUGGGAGGAAAAGUGUGGAUGUUUUUCCUUCUUCAGCUGCGGCGGCGGCUGCUGCCGUGCCUCCUAGAAGAUCGACCACUUUUGCGACGGCGACAACAGUGCUGCCACCUCCGCAAACUAAGGAGAAAGAGUACGUGCGAAGUUUACGGCCGUCUGUUUGGUUAACGGAACAGUUCCCAUUAAAGACAGAAGAGUUGUUACCGUUACUUGAUAUUUUGGCUAAUAAAGUGAAAGCUGUAAGAAGGAUGCGAGAAUUGCUGACUACAAAAUUCCCACCGGGCACAUUUCCGGUCAAGGUUGCAAUUCCAGUCGUCCCAACUGUGAGGGUGGUGAUAACCUUCACAAAAUUUGUUGAACUCCAAUCAACAGAACAGUUCUACACUCCGAUGUCAAGUCCUAGAUUUUUUUCUUAUGGAGGAGGAAGAGGCCAAACAGAGGAGGACCAGAAUUCAUCAUUACCAUCAUCGUCUUCAUCGUGGUCGUCCACGGCAUGGUUGAGGCGAAGCAAUAGUCAAUCGGUCUCUGCUAGCAAGCAGCAGCAGCUGCUGCGUAGCUCUUCUUCAACGGCACAACAAACGGAUCCUUUUGCUAUUCCUACUGGAUAUACUUGGACCAGUGUUGAUGACAAGUCCAGCAAAAUGAAGAAAUCUAAGUCCACCAGGAAAUCAAAGUGAAAUUUUCAAAGACAGAUUGGUUAAAGGAACUGUACGCUAUGUCAAAAUUUGAUUGGGAUUGCAACAUGCAAUUUAUAACGUAGAUAUACAAUCCCUUUUGAAUCAUUGAAGUUUUGACUGAAAGGGAAUAUGGGUUGAUUAAACAUAUUGCACACAAUUUUGUUUAAUUGUAGUAAUUCUUACUUCUGAUCUACCAUAUGUUUGUGUUUUUCAACUUUUUCGUGUAUGACCAAUAGGUGUUCUUUGUAGCAUUCAAUGAAAAAUGGGUAGGAAGACGUCAUUGCUAAUUUGAAGGAUGAAACUAUAUCAGGGAACAUUAUUAGAACAUCCAUAAAGUUCUAGAGAAUGGGAAAAGAGACGGUGUCCAAUGGGAACAUUUCGCUUAUAAUUUUCUUUUAAUAAUGUUACAAUUAUUCAAUUAUAUUAAAAAAUUA